AUGAGUUUAAAAUACUGUGAUAUCGAAUCGAUUAAUUAUUCUCCCGUAGCUGACAGCUAUAAAUACUCACCAUUGGUUAGUUUAGAAACAGCCAUAACACCAGUUACAGAAUUCAUUGAUAACGGUUCCAAUAAUGUUCGCAUCGCAAAUCAACGUUGUAAAAUAUCAUCGGUAAUGACCAAAGACGAGUCGGCAGCAAUAUACCUUUAUACUAUGGAAACAAACAACACUCGUAGUAUUUAUCGUGUUUUGAAUCAAGCACUUCGCUCACGUGUCAGUGCUUCAAUAUUACCGUGGUAUCUGUAUUUGAAACUACUCACGACAGCCCUGAACAAACUACCGUCGGUGAAGACAUCAGUUUGGCGUGGAGUACCAGGUAACAUUAGCAAAGAUUAUCGAAAAUAUACUAAAUUAACAUGGUGGUGUGUUACAUCUUGCUCAGCAUCGGUUAAUGUUAUUGAAAACUUUUUACAAGGUCAUACACAUAGUACACUAUUUAUGAUUGAAUGCAGCAGGGGCAAGGCUGUUUCAGCGUAUUCGUCUUUCUCAUCGGAGGAUGAGAUUAUUCUUCUACCAGGUACCAGUCUAACUGUUGUGGCUGAACCGUUAACUCAUGCUGGAAUACAUAUCGUUCAUUUGCGGGAAAUCGAGCAGGCAAGAUACGCCAAAAGUGCAUCAUUUAAUCCCCUGCCAUCUUUCACAAAACAGGCUACUUUCUACGGCAGUGGUGGAAAUAAUCAAUCACAAAUUGAUCUAAAGUUUACUGACUGUUCUCUAGCAAAGUCGAAUACAACGUUAAUUAAAUCUAGCUCUACUGUUGUCAAUACAGUAAAACCGAAAAAAAGUAAAUAA